AUGGCGGUCCAGUCGACGGUGGACGACGAGUACCUGAUCGAGCCAAGUCUGCGGAAGACCAAGCAUUGCGGCAUCCGGCUGCUUAACAUUAUUUUCUCGGACUAUUUCGCUUCCCGAAUUGCUUCUUCGGAAGACACUGCAACCCGUGCCGAGAUAGAUGCUGGUGAAACCGACUAUAAUGGGCUCUUCGUAGUCGACGAUCCUCGUUUCGAGGGCAUCAAUCUAGCCUAUAUCGUGAUGCACGAUGCUGCACGUCUGUACGACAUGUGGAAAAAAGUGAUGAGCAAAUAUGGCAAGGCGGAUGCCAAGAUCUUAGGGAGUUUGGAUAUCCUAUAUCUCAAAGCGUGUCUGGACAUUAAGCCGGAGCUACGAGACUAUGUUCGCGGUGGAAUGCGUCAGGAAGGCGAAGUGGCUUCGCUCGACCUGCAGUAUUCCAUUCACGGCACGACCACCGGUAGAACUUCGAAAUGGCAAGACGGCAUCCUAAAAACUAUCAAUCGCCUGGCCGAUAUCGUCGCUGGUGGCCGAACACCUGCUGCCGUUCCUGUUGCCGCUCCUGUUGCCGCUCCUGCUACGAAUGUUUCUGCGGCUAAACAAGCUGAAGAUGAAGACAUGCUAAUCGAUCGGAUUGGUAAGCUGCACCACCUCAUUGAACAGGUCAAAGAGCGACAGCGUAAGGUGGAGCAAGAGGGACAAACGGAUACUGCGCUGGCUAAUGGCCUUGCACUCUAUCAGCAGCGCUUACAACUCUAUGAAAGCCGUCAAGCGGCUCUUGAAUAA